AUUAACAGGUAUGCCAAAGGAAAAAUAUGAUCCUCCAGAUCCCCGCAGAUGUUACACCAUCAUGUCAGCCGAGGAGGCGGCCAGUGGGAAGAAGUCUCACUGGGCCGAGCUGGAGAUAUCUGGGCGGGUGAGGAGUCUGAGCAGCUCGUUGUGGACGCUCACUCACCUGACAGCGCUGCACAUCAAUGACAACAACCUGACCCGCAUCCCGCCGGACAUUGCCAAGCUGCCCAACCUGGUCUACCUGAACCUGUCGUCCAAUAAGCUCCGCAGCCUGCCCGCCGAACUGGGCAACAUGGUCUCUCUCAGGGAAUUGCUUUUAAACAACAAUCUUUUGCGAGUUCUGCCUUAUGAACUUGGGAGGCUUUUCCAGUUACAAACCCUGGGGCUAAAAGGAAACCCUUUGUCCCAAGACAUCCUCAAUCUGUACCAGGAGCCGGACGGAACCAGAAAGCUUUUGAACUACAUGCUCGACAAUCUAGCAGUGCACCCAGAGCAGCUCCCCCAAAGACCUUGGAUCACUCUGAAAGAGCGAGACCAAAUGAUCCCCACAGCCGUGUUCACAGUCAUGUGCUACAACGUGCUGUGUGACAAGUACGCCACGCGACAGCUGUACGGCUACUGUCCGUCCUGGGCCCUCAACUGGGAGUACAGGAAGAAGGGCAUCAUGGAGGAAAUCACCAACUGUGACGCCGACAUCAUCAGCCUGCAGGAGGUGGAGACAGAGCAGUACUACACCUUGUUUCUGGAAACACUAAAGGAGCGUGGCUACGACGGCUACUUCUGUCCAAAGUCUCGUGCCAAACUGGUUUCUGAACAGGAGAGGAAACACGUGGACGGCUGCGCUGUGUUCUUCAAGACCGAGAAGUUUACUUUGGUCCAGAAACACACCGUGGAAUUCAACCAGGUGGCCAUGGCCAACUCUGAGGGCUCAGAGGUCAUGCUGAACAGAGUGAUGACCAAAGACAACAUCGGGGUGGCCGUUCUGCUCGAGGUUAACAAGGACAUGUUCUCCGGAGGUAUGAAGCCACCACAGGAGAGGCAGCUGAUCCUGGUGGCCAACGCUCACAUGCACUGGGACCCCGAGUACUCGGAUGUUAAGUUGAUCCAAACCAUGAUGUUCCUGUCGGAGCUGAAGAGCAUCGCUGAGAGGGCCUCGGGCUCCGUGGCGACCGGCUCGCCGACCUCCGACCCGUCCUCUAUCCCCAUUGUCCUGUGUGCUGACCUCAACUCGCUUCCCGACUCCGGUGUGGUGGAAUAUCUAAGCAACGGAGGAGUGGCCGAGAACCACAAGGACUUCAAGGAGCUACGCUACAACGAAUGUUUGACCAACUUCAGCUGCAACGGCAAGAACGGCAACUCAGACGGAAGCAUCACACACAGCUUCCAGCUGAAGAGCGCCUACGACAGCAAUCUGAUGCCUUACACCAACUACACAUAUGACUUCAAGGGCGUGAUUGACUACAUCUUCUUCUCCAAGACCCACAUGAGUGUCCUGGGCCUGCUGGGACCGCUGGACAGCCAGUGGCUCAUCGACAACAACAUCACCGGAUGCCCCCACCCCCACAUCCCCUCGGACCACUUCUCCCUGCUGGCCCAGCUGGAGCUGCACCCUCCCCUGCCCCAUCCGCUCAACCCCCUCAACGGGCUGCACCUGCCGGUCAACAGGUAGUGCAGCCUGAGAGAGCCCCGCCCACCCUUCUUACCUUACCUCACCUCCCCUGUCCUCCCCUUCCAGCUUUAUACAGGACCCUGUACAGUUUACCAGUCAUGUUAAAACUCAGACACCAUCCAACCCCCUCCAACCCUAAGACAUACCAACCCAAAAGGAGUGAAGUAUUUGCCCCGUUUGUUGCUCCUUUUUGUGUUUUUGCACACACUGUAAAUGUUUAUUUUUUCUUUCUCCCCCUGAAAAGUCUUGAUACCAAAUGUGGGGCUCGGGAUGAAGCUGCUAUGGUAACCCCCAAUGUCAGUUUUUUUUUGUUUUUGCCAGAUGUGAUCAUGGCCGCUUGUAGAUUCAGCUCCUAUAACAUCAAACCUCAACUAAUACUCUCAACCUUUUUAGGAAAAGUCUACUACGCAGAUGUCAGCUAAUUAGCUGAAUGUCAUUUGGGUUUCUUUUCUCGUUUCACGUAACUGUGAAAUAAUAUUUUUAGAGUGAAAACACAACAUAAUAUUAUCGGCAGAUAUGUUGUGUUAAACUCAGUCUGUAGAACUGGAACCUGACAUCACUCUCAAAUUAACUUGACAGGUAUUUUAAUAAAAGCAGCCACACUACAAACUGAAUCUAAGUUAGAAAUGUUGUACGAGGAUGUGAAAGAAUUUUUUUUUUUUUUACACCAGUACAUUAUUUUAAAUUUUGAUCAGCCACGAAACACCAAAAUACUUAAUUCACUAGAUUUUUUAGGUUAAAACUACCGACUGGGCAUUUUAAAAGUAAUGUAAUGUCAUUGUAACACUAAAUUGGUGUGUUUCAUAUGGGAACUAGAAUAUGAAAUCUCAUGUCACAGGUGCUGCAGGUGUUGUGAAGCUCAUAUUACAGCACUGAUAAUAUUGAUGGUGCACUGUUUGAGGGGGCUAAAACGAUAGAUGAUCCCAUGUACUUGUCUGUCGAGUCAAACUUUUUCUGGAUCACACUUCCACACCGUUUGGGAUCACGCUGCCUGAUCGAAAACCACAUACAUAAGGAAGUCACCUGACUGAAAGCCGCCUCACGGUAUUGCAUGGAUGUUACUGAGCUGCUGCAUUCACGUCUAUGAAUUUUGUCUUCUAUGAUACGGGUCUUGUACCUUCUCUCGGAUCAUUACUAAGUAUUUGACCUGCAGAGGUAUCGUUUCAUGCUCGUUGCAGUUUAAAAGAUGCAGCUCGUGAGUUUUCUGCAGCAGCACGAACACAAAAAAACAAAACAAUCAAUUAAGGCCUAAAUUACCCCCCAUUCUCUUUGACUUGCUAUGUAAAAAAAUAUUUUAAGACAUGCAAUAUAUUUAUGAUACAAUCAUGAUUGUGCUUUACACUUUUAGCUUUUGAACAUCUACAGUCUUAAAAGAGCAUCGUCCUGUUUCCCGUCACCUGACUGGCCAAAGAAUCUCCUCAGAAUGAGUGACGUGUGCUCUGCCGAUAAUCAGACAACAUGUAUUUAUUGGUGGCAGAGAAAAAAAUAACCGAGGAGAAUCUGGUAAUGAUUUGUGAUCAAGAGCCGAAUGUAUUUACCAAAGGCUCGUUAUGAAAUUGGUUGUUGGAGCCCCUUAAUGUCAGAUUCCUGUGGACUCUAAACUUUGUAUAUUUGUGUCAGAUGGUUAGAACUAAUAGCCCUUUAUGUAAGUUGUAACUCAGGGCUAUGCUAUGCAUCAAGCAGUACCUCUCAAACUAAAGACUCUCAGAGUCAUUGUACGAGCAAAACCAAACAGGAAGCUAUUGUUCUGAAAAUCCUCUAUAAGCACAGGUAAUGUAUGGACUUACAUACAUAUAUGUUGUUGUGGCUGUUGUAGUAGAAGUCCCCCGUCUUUGUGCAUUUCUGAUAAAAACUGCUGCUGCACUUUUGCUCCAUUUCCCCAAAAUUUGGGAAAUUCAAAUUUGUCAAAUUUGUCAAAUUUGACAAAUUUUUGAGAGUCUAGAAGGUGCAGGAAGCGUUCAGAUAAAUUUGGUCUCCAGACACUUUGGAGUUUUAAAACAUCACUGUUAGGUUUUGUUGUAAGGCUUCUUACAGAGGCUCAAGUAUCUGUGGGAUCGACCGGAUGAUCGAACACUGGGGCAGGACUGGGUAUCGAUACAAGCGCCAAUACGAUACAGUUCGUUAGUUCCUGUACCUAUACAACAAUUACACUUCAAUAUUUAGAGGGCCUUAAAAAUUCAAAUUCUGUCACAAAUAAACAAGGCAGUAAACUAGAAAAAUCUAAAUUAUGUUUGUUUUUGGGACUUGUCUCUAAUCUUGACUUUUUCUUACUGUGUAGUUGUCAGGUGUCAGUACAACUGCUUAGCCUAAAACAAAACGCAGUCUAGAAACAACCUGAUUUAAAGAUUUGCGAAUCUGACACAUUUUACUGGUACAAAAACAAAAUAAGGCACAAUCUAUGCAGGAGGACUCUAUCAGAGCAAAUGCAGUCACAGUGUCUAACAUGUCCGGCACAUUUCACACUGUAGUGUCUAGUAAAGCCCGACCUUUUGACAUAGAAUUAGUUAAAUUAGUAAAAGUGUUUGCUCUGUUCAGUAUUUGAUAAAGAAAAGCCAUAAUAACUUUGGGACAAAUGGUGUCAGCACAUCACGGCACCCUGUAGCCUCAGCUUUAAACUGCAUUCAGAUCAGGACCAGCAGCAUCCGCUUUGCUUCAGUUGCACGAUUUGACUCUAACGAGAACGCCUCCGGUUUUGGAGGAGUUGAUCUUUGUGAGCAUUUAGAGGCCUAUACUUCACUCCUGAACUCACCUCACAGGGUUUUCUGAUUUUGUACAACAGCUGUACAUAAAUUAAUCUGUCUUUGAUGACAGGGCGUCUUUCGCAUCUGUGAGGGGAAUGUACCAUUCUCCAGAUAAAGGGGCGUAUUUUUCUCACAAGUCAAAGAUGUACUUGGUGUUUUACUUUGUUCUUUGCCCGGUGCACUACGAUCUCAUAUGUGAAUACCACCUCCACCUGUCUCUAAUACUCUUGUAGAGACAAAAAGUCUCUGUCCAACUUUGUUUUUGAACUACGGGCAUUUUCUGUCUCUAAAGAACAUGCAGUCUUUCAGCUGGUACUUUGUACAAUUCAGUAUUACAAGUUUUUGACAAGAAAAGAUAAAUGUUGUAGGUUUAAAAGCA